AUGGCAAAGAUUGUGGUUGGCCCCAAGGCAAAGCGCUUCACUGUGCAGCUCAACCUUAUCGUCUACUACUCACCCUUCUUCCUCGCUGCCCUUAAAGGACCCUUCAAAGAAGCCAAAGACAAAGUCGUCACCCUGCCCGACACUGAAGCGAACAUCUUCGAGCUCUUCGUCAACUGGCUAUAUCGUCAACGGUUUCCUACGCAGGCAGACUCUCCCCAACUACUCGCGCUCUACAGCCAGGAAGACAACCCAUACUUCCAAUCCGCUAGGCUGAUGAAACUCUACGUGUUCUCCGACAAGUACAAUGUCCCUAAGCUGAAGCGACAGUGCCUAGAUGCGCUAUUCGAGCAUCUCGGCGAUGCAUCUGGAUAUCAACUGCCGGAUCUAAACGACGUUGCCUACGCGGUCAAGAACUUGAACGAUGAGGAUCCGCUUCUUCGCAUGAUCGUCGACGGCUUCUGCUACCACGGUAACAGUGAAUGUUGGAAUGAUGACCAGAUCCAGAAUUUGCCGCUUCCUUUCAUAGCACGGCUUAUGAGACAUCUUAGCGAUUUUCGCGAUUAUGGUCAAGAAGACGUUAAGGAGCCUGAAUUAUGUGACUAUCAUGGUCAUGCAACGGAUGAAGAGAGGGAGACAUGUGAGAACAGGCGGGAGAGGGAGGAGGAGGCGAGGGAUAUGAUGAAGGAUUGA